AUGGUUGUGGCAUUAGGUCCGGGAAAGUUCUACGGCAACAGCCUGCCGCGGCCGCGCUUCUACACCGACGUCAAAUUCAACGAAGAGAGGGUGGAUCCGUCGCCCUCCGUCACGGAUCCGCUCAUGGCGUGGGCGGAGGAGGCGCACUGGUCCAUGGGCGGCCUCAACGUCAAGCGCCACCGCCUCCAGGGCCGCAUCGAGGGCAACGUCGAGAGGCUCCGCGUGCAGCGGGAGCAGAUCUUCAAGAGAGGAGAUGGUCGUUUUGAAUUCCGGGAGCAGACUCACUCAAAACGACGUCGUUUUGAAUUCCGGUGA